GUCUGCGAGAGUUAAACAGCCCUGGCACCAAAGGCGUGCAGAGUUGCCUCUAAAUUUCCUGUCGCGAAUCUUUAUUCAUUUAUAAUUAAUUGCGAGCCAUGGCCGAACUGGACGAUUUCUUCGCGAAAAAGGACAAGAAGAAGGGCAAGAAGACGACCAAGUUCGUGACGGCCGACGAGCUGGUGAAGAACCUGGAGGACGGCAGCAAGCGCGAGGUGGUCAAGCCAAAAAAACCCGAACCAGCCGUCGUCGCUGGCGGCGUGGCAGUGGUAGGCGAAAACGAGACCAGCGGCCCCAAGGUGCCAGAGUCCGCCCCGCCCGCCGAGGAGGAGUGGAAGGAGUUCGAGGAGGAGCAGCGCAAGGACUACAGCGGCCUGAAGAUCGGCCAGCUGAGCACCACCUCUUCGGCCCAUUCCAGAAAUGCCCAGGAAUCCGCGGAGGCGCGGGCAGCUCGUGUGCCCUCCUCCGCCCAGGAUGGCGGCAGCUACGACGAGGAGGAUGAGGACAGCAACGGUUACGACGGGAACGGAGACCCCGGCAAGGAGCGCGUCGGCCACGGACCCUGGAAGAAGGUGAUCCCGGCCGAGGAGGUGAUGCAAAUCCCGGUGCCCGUGGAGGUGGAGAAGCCCUCGUCCAAGACCUACGUUUCACCCGCGCUACGCUACAGCCAGCAGGCCGGAAGCGGACUGGGAGGCGGCUCCAUUGGCGGCGCCAUGCGCCCACGCCGCGCCGCCCCCGACAUUACGAACACCGAGUUCUUCCCCACGCUCAGUGCGGCGCGUCCGGAGGAACAGCGCAAGAAGAAAAACGAACCCGCCUUCGAGGAAGUCCGCCACGGUGGCCGCUUCCAGCGCGUCCAGGAGUCCACGACUGCCCCGGUGGCGGCCUCCAACCGAUUCCAGUCGCUCGACGACGAAGCCAGCUAGGUCCAGCCGCUGCCAACAAACUAACCAACCAGGUGCUGCUGCUGGCCACGGGAACCGCCUUCUACCACAGUGUCCGCUGCCGAGCUCAAGUCAUCCACGGGUUCUGCGCCAGCACAAGCAGUUUUUCUAGGCUUUUUGAUUCUUCUAUACCUCCACACUGCUACUCUUACCCCAAACCACAAACUACUAUUGUUCAUUUCGUUUUGCAUUU